GCAGGCAAGGUUACCUGAGGGUCUCAGACAUACAGCAGGUCCUGUGACAAGCUGUCCUCACCCUGAGGAAGCCACAGGUCACCCCAGAGUGGGAGUCAGGGGAGGCUUCAUGGAGGAGUGGAGCUGGCCUGAACCUUGGACCUUGUCUUCCAAUAGAAUCGGUAUCUCAGCCCCAGCAGGAGCCGAUCAUGGCCUCCAAGCCUGAGAAGAGGGUGGCCUCCUCUGUGUUUAUCACCCUGGCACCCCCACGCCGUGAUGUGGCUGUGACUGAGGCAGUGGGCCAAGCAGCUUGUGAAGCUCGACGUGCCCGGCCCUGGGAGACUCCCACGAAGACCCCUGGGACUGGCUUGAGCAGGAACCCCAAUACCUGGACACCUGGCAGAACCACUGCCUCGCUCCCCGCAGCCCCACCCCAGCUCUCCAAUGGAGGAUGCUCUCCUCCACCUCCUUCCCUGAAUGAUGAGGACCUCGACCUCCUCCCGCCUCCUCCACCACCCCCUUCGGCCUACCUGCCAGAAGAGGAGCCUCCUGCCCUGGCGGGGACAUCACUCAUUUCUGACUUGGAACAACUCCACCUGCCCCCGCCCCCACCUCCACCCCUACCACAGGCUCUACCAAAGGGAUCCUCUGUCCGGCCUCACCUCAGACCCUCGGAAGAGGAGCUACCUCCUCCUCCAGAAGAGGCUGUCACAUUUCCAGAGAGAGAGGCAUCCACAGAUGUCUGCGGCUUCUGCCAUAAGCCCGUGUCCCCUCGAGAGCUGGCUGUUGAGGCCAUGAAGAGGCAGUACCACGCCCUGUGCUUCACCUGUCGUACCUGCCGCCGCCAGCUCGCCGGGCAGAGGUUCUAUCAGAAGGAUGGGCGCCCCCUGUGCGAACCCUGCUACGAGGACACUCUGGAGAAGUGUGGCAAGUGUGGAGAGGUGGUCCGAGACCACGUCAUCCGGGCCCUGGGCAAGGCCUUCCAUCCACCCUGCUUCACCUGCGUGACCUGUGCCCGGUGCAUCGGGGAUGAGAGCUUUGCACUGGACAGCCAGAACCAGGUGUACUGCGUGACUGAUUUCUACAGGAAAUUUGCCCCCAUGUGCAGCAUCUGUGAGAAUCCCAUCAUCCCCCGCGACGGGAAGGAUGCCUUCAAGAUUGAGUGCAUGGGAAGGAACUUCCAUGAAAGCUGCUACCGUUGUGAAGAUUGCAGUGUCCUCCUGUCUGUGGAGCCCACCGACCAAGGCUGCUACCCGCUGAAUGACCACCUCUUCUGCAAGCCCUGCCACAUUAAGCGGGGUGCUGCUGGGUGCUGCUAAGAACCUCGAUGCUGGCCCCUCCCUAACUUGGUUUCCUCACUCAACCUUCCUUGCAUACUUUCCUUUUGAGCCUCACUGAGCACCAGCACACUGCUCAGCCCACAGCAUCUAGACACAAGAGCCCGAGACACUGGGGCUUGGCCUCCUGGUACACAGCUACCCUCACCCAGACUUUCAACUCCUCCGACUCUGCCAACCAGAAGGCCCCUCACCAGGAGAUUGGGACCCUGGUUCCUCUCUAGUGCUAGCCCUGACCUAUUUGUGGGGACAGGUCUCGGGAUGACGCCCACGUCUCUGACCAUGAUGCUUAGCUGCCUAGCAGAAGGUGCCGAGACCAGCUUAGUGUAUUGAGCUGAGCUGUUCGAAGUGUGCCUGCCCAGUUACCGUAGAAAGUGUAUUUUAAAAAUUUAGAAAUGUAUGCUGGGGCUGGGUGCAGAGGCAAGCGAUCUCUGAGUUCUAUGCCAGCCUGGUCUACAGAGCAAGUUCCAGGAUAGCUAGG